CCACCCGGGCACCUUCCCUCUGACUCCCCCCCUCCCCCCUCGCCUCUCGCCUAUAAGAAGAUUGUUUUCACGCGCCCUCUUCCCUCUCUUCCCUCCUCAACCGUACAUCAUCUCUUCAGCCUAGACAAUGUCCGCCGUCACCAAGCAGGAAGAAGACCGCCUUGCCGGCUCCACCUCGACCGCCGCCGAGGUCCCCGCCGCCGCCAUCCCCCCCGGCAGCGAUGUCGCCCGUAACCACGGUGUCGCCUUCCUCGGCGAGUUCGUCGGAACCACCAUGUUCCUUCUCUUCUCGCUCGGUGGUACCAGCGUCGCCCUCCAGGCCGCCAACUCGGUCACUGGCAAGAUCAACGACGGUGGUUCGUCGGUUGCCAACUCGGACAACCUGCUCUACAUUGCCAUCAUCUUCGGCGCCUCGCUCGCCGCCAACGUCUGGUGCUUCUUCCGUAUCUCGGGUGGUCUCUUCAACCCCGCCGUCACCCUCUCCUUUGUUGUGAUUGGCGGCAUCACGCCCAUCCGUGGUGUCCUUCUCUUCAUUGCCCAGAUCGCUGGUGGUCUUGCUGGCGCUGCUCUUGCCGAUGGCCUCACCCCCGGUCCCCUCUUCGCCGCUACUACCCUUGGCGGCGGUGCGUCGACUGUCCAGGGCCUCUUCAUCGAGGUCUUCAUGACCGCCAUGCUCGUCUUCACCAUCCUCAUCGUCGCCGUUGAGAAGAACAAGUCGACCUUCAUCGCCCCCGUCGCCAUUGGCCUCUCGUUCUUCAUCUGCGAGAUGUUCUCGGUCUACUACACCGGUGGCUCGCUCAACCCUGCCCGUUCGCUCGGCCCCGCCGUCAUGAACCGCAAGUUCCCCCACUACUUCUGGAUCUACUGGAUUGGCCCUCUCCUCGGAUCCCUCCUCGCUGCGGGCUUCUACAAGCUCCUCAAGCUCGUCCGCUACGAGACCAACCUCGGCCCUGACUGCGACGGUGACGGUGUCACUUACGAGUACGAGAACGACCUCCGUGCCCGCCUCAACCGCAUCGAGGGCCUCCUUACCCAGCAGGUCAAGCACUCGCAGUCGGCCGUCUAAGCAAGCAGCUGGUCUGUCUGCCCUCCCUUGGUUACAAACACACGGCGUCCAUGCCGCUGUGUUCUUACAACAAACACACCAACCAACCAACACACAUCCCCACACCCGCCUCCGUUAAACCAAACAGAUACACGAUGUGGCCUCACGGACAAUAGCAUGAUAUCAGGCGUUGGGCGUCCCUAGCUGCAGUCGCACAAGUUUUUCUAUGCAGCUCCCUUAAUACGUAUA